GAGGAAGGUCGGGCAGGCGGAGAGCGAGAGGUUAAGUCCAUGUGGCGGGAGCUGCGGACCCUGGCGGCCUGGGGGCCUCGCAGCCUGUGCACGGCCCCCGGGGCCACCAUCUUCGCGCUGAGCUCGGGCCGCGGCCGCUGCGGCGUCGCAGUGAUCCGGACCAGCGGCCCCGCCAGCCGCCAGGCGCUGCGGAGCCUGACCGCACCCCGCGCCCUGCCCCUCGCGCGCCGCGCCAGCCUGCGCCUGCUGUGCGACCCGCGCUCGGGCGCCCCGCUGGACCGCGCGCUGGUGCUCUGGCUCCCAGGGCCGCAGAGCUUCACGGGCGAGGACUGCACUGAGUUCCACGUGCACGGAGGCCCCGCUGUGGUGAGCGGCGUCCUGCAGGCCCUGGGCGGCGUCCCAGGGCUUCGGCCGGCUGAGGCCGGCGAGUUCACCAGGCGCGCCUUCGCCCACGGGAAGCUGAGCCUGCCCGAGGUGGAGGGGCUGGCGGACCUGAUCCACGCGGAGACGGAGGCCCAGCGGCGCCAGGCCCUGCGGCAGCUGGACGGGGAGCUCGGCCACCUGUGCCGCAGCUGGGCCGAGACACUCACCAAGGCCCUGGCCUAUGUGGAGGCCUACAUCGACUUCUCGGAGGACGACAGCCUAGAGGAGGGCGUCCUGGAGCAAGCUGACCGAGAGGUGCGGGCGCUGGAGGUGGCCCUGGUCUCGCACCUGCAGGACGCCAGGCGGGGGCAGAGGCUCCGCUCGGGGGCGCACGUGGUGGUCACCGGGCCCCCGAACGCCGGCAAGAGCAGCCUGGUGAACCUGCUCAGCCGGAAGCCCGUGUCUAUCGUGUCCCCGGAGCCCGGAACCACCCGUGACGUGCUGGAGACUCCUGUGGACUUGGCUGGGUUCCCCGCACUGCUGAGUGACACAGCGGGGCUGCGGGAGGGCGUGGGGCCCGUGGAACAGGAGGGUGUGCGGCGAGCCCGGGAGAGGCUGGAGCAGGCUGACCUGGUUGUGGCCGUGCUGGACGCCUCUGACCUGGCCUCCCCAUCCUCACGUGACUUCCUGGACACGAUUGUGGCCCCCCUGGCACACCCAGACCCCAGCGGGAGCAGCCCGCGCCUGCUGCUGGUGCUGAACAAAUCUGACCUGCUGCCAGCCGAGGGUCCACACCCCCAGCCCGGGCCGCACCCCCACCUGCUGCUGUCCUGCCUGACUGGGGCGGGGCUGGAUGGGCUGCUGGGGGUCCUGAAGAAGGAGCUGGCUGUCGUGUGCGGGGACCCGAGCACAGGCCCACCACUCCUGACGAGGGCUCGGCAUCACCACCACCUGCAGCGCUGCCUGGAUUCGCUGGGCCACUACAAGGGGGCGGCAGACCUGGCCCUGGCGGCGGAGGCCCUGCGCACCGCCCGGAGACACCUGACCCAGCUCACCGGGGGAGGGGGCAGCAAGGAGAUCCUAGAUGUCAUCUUUCAGGACUUCUGUGUGGGCAAGUGAGGGGGGCCCCAUCGACCCAGCACCCGGGACCCCACUCAGCAGGCAGCCUGACCAGGGACCCUCUGGGGCCACUGGGCCAACUCGGGUUCCCGUGGAUGCUAGGAGCCGGUGCCAGUGAGAGGAGGCUUAGGGAGACUGGAAGAUCUCAGGUCUGCCUGCUUUGGGAUCUGGGUCUUGCUAAAAAUCCCCCCCAGACUGGCCCUCAGCUUGAGAGCCUCCUGCCUCAGCCUCAAGUAGCUGGGAUCCCAGGAGUCACCACACUCAGGCAGGAUCUGUUUCAGAGGUUUUGUGUUUGAUUUUGGGUUUUUUCGGUGCUGGGGAUGGAACUCACAGUCACUUUUCUGCUCACUGAGCAUUUACCACUGAGCCCGAUCCCAGCCUCACAGUGUUUUGUUUUGUUUUGCAAAUCCCAAAGGAGUGGGAAGGUUCAGGUGACCCAGAAAUGCUGCACCUCAGGGCCUCCCAGGCCACCUCUCCCGGCCCUGGCUGAACGCAUGCAUUUCCAACUCU